AUGUCCGACUUCACCAGAGUAAAGAUCCUCUACACCCUCAACUCGUCCUCCCAGCUUCUACUCGCCCGCACGCGUAUCCCCUCUCACAUAAUACCACAGCAACAACUCUCCAGUCCAUUUCUUAUCGUCCCCCUCUCCCACAUCCUCAGUACCAUCCUCCACCGCUCGCCCGAGCUCACCGCUGACCCUGGGAGGGACUGGUCCGUUUAUGCCCUGGAUCCACGUGAGUCGCGUCGCUCUGGAGGGGGAUCGAUAGGGGGAGGGGGUGUGAUGGAGGGCCGUGGACUUCUGAGCUGGGUCAUAGCAGGGGAGGAGGAGGUUGUGGGUCGCGUCGGCGACGGAGGGGAGGUAGAAGUUGGUCUGCGAUUACAAGAGACGAAAGCCAUCACCCAACAGGCACAUCAUGCUGCGCUGGCGGUGCUCACCCGCUCUCCAGCACCAGGCACGCCCAACCCCAACUCAGUGCAACCGGGUCACACUGCCUCCCCGUUCUAUGCGCACGCCCUGCGUCCCCCAACAUCAUCCCCCUUAGGGAUGACCAACGCUUACCCUUCACCGUUAACAAGCUCGGUCCCCACUCCGGAACUGCCUUCCGUUCCCAACGUACCUUCAACCCAGAAACCACAAACGAAGGAAGCAUCCAGGAAACGACCUCCCCGUCAGGCACUUGCACCCCUCCGCACGCAGAGCUUACGUGUCCAAGAUGGACCAGUAAAGCAGUCCGGCUCUUCUCCCGUCCAUCCACCGACCCCUUUACCUACUAUUCCAGCCGCUGCAAGCAAGCUCCCGGAGCUUCACCUGCCUCUCAAGCAAGACCAGCGAGGACCAAUGAUCAAGUGCGAGCCGUCCCCAGAGCCGUCUCCUCUUGUGAGCCCCAAACUCGUGCCUGUGCAAGAGCGAGUGGACGCAGUAUUAGGAUUGGGACUCGCACUUCCCCGCGCGUCUCAGCCUCCUCCUGCAGCACCGUCUCCCCAACCCAGGGAAGAACAGCAAGUUCCUGCUGCACCCCCAACAUCCUCGGCAGUAGCAACUGCAGCGAAAGCAGCUAGCUUGCCCCAAGGACCUAUCCCUCCCGAAGCUCUGAAGAACAUUGCGGACCUGUUGCAGAAAGAGAACAGCCAAGGAUUGUUGACCGCGCUCGCGGGUUUCUUAGGUGUCGUGGGCCAGAGUCCCGACGCGAAGCAGCCUGAGACUGCAGCUAGUGGGAGGACGAAGUCCUUGCCCCCCGCAGGGAAGGAGCAGAAACAGUCGACUCAAACAGGUGGGAAGAAGAAAAAGGACGAGACGAAGGAGAGGGAGAACAAGGAGAAUUAUCGGCCUGCUCAGCCUGCACUUGUCAUGUCGAAAGACGGCCCGUGUUCGAAUUGUGGUCGGGUUGUCACUACUGUCUGGAGGCGACCUAAGGGUGUGGAAGAAAGCGAUGCCGCCGGACAGCUGUUGUGUAACGCAUGCGGGAUAUACCAGAAGAACAAUGCUAUGCCUCGGCCGCGACGGAUGUGGGGCGACCCGGAGGGCCUGCCAAAAGGCCGCAAGAGGAAACACGCUCCUUCCUCUGCCUCUGCUCCCCUGCUCGGGUCGGCCUGUGCCGUCUCUGGCCAUGCAAUGCCUGGCGACUCCUCCCUCCAUCCUUCAUCUGACCCAGCGGGACCUUCCAACGGAGUGCUCAUCCACGUCCAGGGCGAUGGGCGGAAACGUCGAAAGCGGACAAUGAUCUACGACCCGGAGAUGGCGCGUGUCGAGCGAGAAGGAUACUUCGGCCGAGCGGUCAAGGCUGUUCAGGAGGAAGAAGAGCGCAAGAAGGCUUCCCAGCUUGUGGACGACGUUGCGCGAGCUCUGGGAGGGUUGAACGAUCUUGCUGAGGGGCAGGACCUCAUGCCUGGUAGCGAAAUGGAGGUGGAAGGUAUGAUAGAUGGAAGAGAGGGAGUGCUUCGUGAGCUUGAGCGGAGAACGCAGAAGGAGAGGGAGAGAGUGGUCAUCGAACUGGACGACGAUGGGGAGAUCGUCACCCCUUCUGCGACUGAGACGCCCCUGCCAGCGACGCAGAAGUCUGCCAACACAGAUAACACUUCUACCUCAAUUGGCGAGGAGCAAGAGUUGGACGCCGAGCCCAGGUCUCCCAAGUCUGUCCGGAUGCAAGACCCAGAGCCAGCACCGGAGACGCCGUACAUCGGUGCUCUGCCUGAAGGGGGGUCACUUUUCACUCCCGCCUCUGCACUCCGCUCCUCUUCCUCCCUCGCUUUGGUCGGCCACUCAAGUUCCUCCAUCCCGGACGCGCCUACUUCCCCCAGUCCUAACCCAAGCCAGCAGAGGGCAUGCUGUAUCCCCACCCUCCGCUUGCCGCCUCAGCUCCGCCUGCCAGUGGAAGAGGGGGAAAGCCCGCUCGUCCCCCCCAGUUCCCCUCCAGGCGUGGGACAGAGAUUUGACUUCUCGGGAUUGCCACCCAGCUCACCGGUGUUGCUUAUGGACAAAGAGGAUGAGGAUGUGGAUGAACUGGACCUGACCCCUCCUGGAGAUGCGAUGGAAGGUCCGGGAGAGGAAGAGCUCCAGAGGCAGGAGCAGGGUCAGCAAGGUCAGGAGCAGGGUGAAGAAGAGACUCGAUCAAGCGUCAUCGACCGCGCAGAUGCCGACGAUCUUGCCCGUUUCCUCCAGGGGGAGAUGAGCAGCGAAGCGAUCGAAAAGCUGUUCAUGGUGUCCGAGCAUCGGGCCUCUCCAGUGAAGCACACCAGUCAUGUACAGCAGGAGGUCGACUACUCGCAGCUGCCGUUCAACUUCCCCUUGGACUACGGUAUGUUUGGUCCUGCUGGAGGAGCGGAGAGCAGCGCGGUCUCUCCGGCGCAUGAGGUGCCCAGUAUGCUUGGGCACGGUAUGGGCGAGUACAGCUCUGAGGCUACCCUCGCUGUCACUUCCGUCACGGGGAUGGAGCUCGAGAUGUACGGGGAUGCGAAUGGCGGAGAGUACGACUUCAACAAGGAGUUUGGGGAGGUGAUGAAGGAGCUUGGAAUAUCUGGGGGGUUCCACAACGAGGACGCUGGGAAUGUACAUGACCCGCAUUCGAUGGAGAUGAGCGCUGAGACGCUCGAGGAGAUCUUCAGGACGCUGAAUGGAGAUAUGGGCGUGCUCGUCUAACCGACU